AUGGGAUCAUAUGUGGGCGACGGCUUGAAGGUUAAGCCCGACAAGGUCAAGGCCUUAUGUGGGUUUAGGGUCUUCCUUACAUUGGCGGUUGACUGCAUGCACCAUUAUACAAGGGAAUUACGGAUGAUGAAGAAGACUACUGAACCUCUGAAGAUGCAAACCGAAAGCUCUGAGGAAUGGAAGAAUGGUGGAUCAACGGUCAGUCAAAUGGAGAAUGGUGGAUCAACGGUCAGGGAACUGGAGAAGGAAGUAUCUUCUUUGAAAGAGAAGUUGAAGCACCUGGAAGCAGUAGCUGAGGCAAAGGAGGAGGCAGAAACAGCAGAAAAUGCUUUAUCUCUGAAGAAACAGGCCCGAGAGAUUCCUCCUUGA